AUGUUUGAAGGUGCCAUAGCGGCGUUCUUGAAUCGUCUUCUGGGAAAAUAUAUUGAAGAUUUAGAUAUUGAACAGUUUAACAUUGGUAUUUUUUCUGGCGAUACUUGUCUUACCGAUCUUAAGUUAAAACCUGAAGCUUUGUAUCAACUUGGUCUGCCUAUUAAGGUAGAAAUUGGUUUAAUAGGAAAAAUUAUUUUAAAAAUACCAUGGUCUGGAUUAUUUUCUCAACCAAUUAUUCUUUGUAUCGAGGAUAUUUAUAUUGUAACUGUGCCUAUUGCAUAUGGUCCAUAUGAUGCUGAAAUACAAAAAAGAUUAAUAAGAGCAGAGAAAAAAAAAAUAUUAGAAGAUUUAAAAGAAGAUGAAACAUUUAAAACAGAAUUAUUUGAUCAUUUAUUGGCAUCUGUAACAAAAAACUUUCAAAUUACUAUAAAUAAUGUACAUAUUAGAUAUGAAGAAAAGUUAAAUGGAUCUUUGUGUGCUUGUGGUAUCUGUAUUCAAAGUAUAUCAGUAAUGACUACAAAUAGUAAAUGGAAACCUGGUGUUUGUACUAAUAAUUUGAGUACAAUUUACCAAUUAAUAAGAGCAGAAUCUUUGAGCAUAUAUAUGGAUCAUGAUACAGAAUCUUCUUUUACAAAUAUUAAACAUGAUUGGAAUAUUUCUAAUUUUCUAGCAUGGAAAAAUACAAUGCAUAGAGCUUUGCAAACUUUUGGCAUGAGAAACAAAGAAUUUCAAUUUUUAUUAAAACCAUUUACUGCAAAAAUAAAAGUAAUUAUACAUAAAGGAAAUGAGACACAAACAUCUCGCAUGUUGGUUGAUAUAGUACUUCAUGAUGUAGCAAUGCAAAUUUCCAAAAUGCAAUAUGUUAUAUUCUGUCAUCUUUAUGAUUCGUUAUUACGUGCCAUUAUCAAUAAACCAUACAUAAAAUAUCGUCCGAAUGAAAUUGUAAGGGAAAAUCCAUCAGCUUGGUGGAAAUAUGCUUAUAAUUCAAUUUUAGAUUACAAUAUAAGACCAUAUACUUGGACAAAAAUCAUUGAACAUAGAAAAAAUUACAGAAAAUAUAAAGAAAUAUGUUUGCAAAGCUUGCUUCGACCAAAUGAUACAGAACUGAAAUUGGAUUUACAAAAAUAUGAAGAUUAUCUAACUAUUUUAAACAUGGUAAUAGCAAGAGAACAUGCUAAACAGGAAUUGAAAAAUAAAACCAUUGAAGAGAAACAUCAAAAUGUGAAUACCAAUAUUUCGAUACAAAAAUUAGUACAAAAUACAUCUAUGAUUAAAGAAAUACAAAAUAAUGAUAUGCAAAAUUCAUUGCAUCAUAAUUCAGAAAGACAAAUAAAAUUGGAAAAACUACCUCAACCAAUUGACUAUAAAUUCAAUUUUACUUUAGCAAACUGUUGUUUGAGUCUUUUAAACCAUGAUAAAGAAAUUCUUGUUAUAUCUAUAACUCAGCUCUUAACGAGCAUUGAAAUACGAUCUGUGAUGUCUGCUUUUAAAGUAUCUGCUCGAGCUGAAAGUUUUGUAAUUGAAGGUGUUUCUACAGAUGGCGAUCUAGUGCCUUUAAUCAUGGUUGAUAAUGUUCUAACAGGAAAUGUAUCAACUAAUUUUUUGGCAGUAGAUUUUGAGAAGAAUGGAGAAACUAUGGAUCCAACUUUUGAUGUUUCUAUAAAAUUAGAAGCUAUAGAAAUAACUUAUCAUCAUCAUGCUAUGAUAGAAAUUAUUCAAUUUUUUAAAUUUAAUGAUUCGCAUAUUCAAAUGACAAUUCUGUGGGCAUAUAAAUUAUAUGACAACAUAAAAAGAAAUUUUCUAAUUUUGGUAGAUAAUAUCGUUUCUCAGACGCUUCGGAUUAGAUUUAAAAUAGAUAUCAAAGGACCAUACAUUGUAUUUCCUGAAUAUGGAUCAAUACAGAAAGGCGGAAACAUACUUGUUAUGGAUUUUGGUAACAUAAAUUUAUCUAAUGAACUUCAAGCUACUAAUUUACAACUUGAAGAUGCAACACUUAUGGAAUUGGAAGAAUUACUUUAUGAUAGAAUACAUAUUGAAUUUUCUGGUGCUCAAAUAUUAUUUUGUCAUUCAGGAGAUGAUUGGAGGUCAGCUCGAAAAAAAAAAGAUUCUGAAUAUCAUUUUCUACCAAAGAUACAAGCAACUACAACUAUUUCAUGUAGUAUAAAACCAGAAUAUUAUCAAUUACCAAGAAUCAAAAUCAACGUUUCUAUUUCAAGUGUAAAGUUUAAUUUAUCGGAAAAUAAAAUACAAUUGAUCAUUUAUUUCUUAAAUGUAUUACUGUUAGCAUACCAACAAAACAUACAAAAAUACAAAAUCAAUUUAAAACAAUAUAUUUCCAAAAAAAAUUUGAAGAAUAAGAUUUUUAUAUCAACGGAAGAACUUAAAAAUGUACAACGUAAUAUAUGUCUAUCAUCAAUUGAAAUGAUGGAAAACAAAUUUACGCACGUCACUAAGGAUCUUUUGACAAAUCAUGUUCAAAAAUUAGAUAGAAGUAUUGUAUCUUCCGAAAUUAGUGAAGAAGAUUUGGAAUUAUUAUCAAAAACUAUAAGUUUAUCUGGAUUCGAUGAUAAUGUGUCUCCAUAUAAUCAUAUCAAUCUCUUAUUAAGAUUUGCUAUUGGAGAGUUAUCAAUUCACUUGGGAAUCAUACAUUAUAGAAAAGAAGAACCUUAUUUAAAUUUGAGAUUGCAUACAUUAUAUUUUGAAAUUGCAAUAAUGGAAUAUGGACCUGCAAUACAAUUUGGAAUAGGAUCCAUUCUUUUGAUAGAUAAAACAAAUGUAGGAAUAACUGGUUCAUAUUUAGAAUUAAUAUCUACCGAAGAACCGCACGAAGUUUUUAUUGUAUCAUAUCGUAAGGUCAAAUCAAAUUGUCCUGAUUUCAAAUCCCACUUUAAAAGUAUUGAACGAUCUCUUGUUAUAAAUAUAUUAAAUAUAAAUAUUAAUGUUCAUAGACCUGCGUUAUUAAAAAUACGAGAAUAUUGGUAUAAUUUAAUUAACAUUUUUGAAAACGAUAAUCUCUUCAACUUCAUAGAGAAUACAUGUUAUAAGAUUAUACAAUGGAAAAUAAUAAAAGAAGACGAUCCGCCUAUUCCUCCUGGUGCUAUUAAAUUGAAUUAUUCUGCUCGAUUUAGCGCUCUCGUUAUAAGAUUUUGUGAUAAAGAUUUAGAUUUAAUAAAAAUGCAAAUUUUAGGCCUGGAAAAUGAUUGCAUUUACAAUGCUAAUGAAAGAAUGAUAUUACGUGCAUAUCUUAGACAUUUAUCAAUUGAAGAUUUGAAUGAAGAUACUCUUUAUUCGAAAAUUUUAACUACAGAAGAAGAUAAAGUUUUUGAUUUCAAAUAUGUGAGACAUAUACCAAGAUUAUAUACAUAUUCAGACAUUGAUAUGAAACAAGAUGAUGUAAUGUCAGAUGGAAUAUUUAAACUUUCUAUUGGAAGGAUGAAUUGUGUGCUUAUUUGUAAAAUUUUAUAUGAUUUAAAAUAUUUUUUAGCACCAUUUUUUCCUAUAUAUUGUUUGCAAUUUAAAAAAUAUUUAGUCAAAAAAAUCAUAAAUGGAAUUGAUGAAUUUAAAAGAAGUGCAACCAAAUUGCAUAUAUUUAUUGAUAUUCAAGGUCCAAUAUUUCUAUUACCUCAACGAAAAGAAAUUCCAAGUCUACUAGUUUUAAAUACAGGAAUAUUGUCAGUUGAAAAUUUCUUCAAAAAAAUCGAUCAGUCUAUUCAAAAUAAAGUAUUCAGUAAUGACACGAAUCAAUUAAUAAUUGAUAAUAUUUUAAUAAAAUUAAAUAAUAUAACUGUAUCCAGAGCAAUUAUGACACUUAGUCAUGAUUUGGAAAUUCAAGAACCAAUUGUUGAACCAGUACAUAUUCAUUUUGAUAUUAAGAGAAAAACAGAAUAUCGUAGUGCAAUGGAAUUUCAAACAUAUGGUUUAUUUAACAUUCAAGGUUCUAUGGAUUUUAUAUAUAUUAAUUUGAGUCAAAAAGAUUUAAAAUCUAGUAUACUUGUAUGGAAAGACAAUGUUUCUAAAAUUAUUCUCUUAAAAGAUGCAUACUAUAAUGAAACACAAUCUACAACAAUAGAUCAAGUAAAAAAAGUUAGUAAUGAAGAUGCAAUGGUAAAAAAAUUGGAAGAUUUUCUUACACACAAUGAAAAUUCUAUAUGUGAAAUUAAUACAAAUUUAAGUUUAGAAGGAUUACAAUUGAAUUUAUUUUUAGAUUCAGAAGAGGUAUUAAGUUCUCCUGUUCGCGACUUAAAUCACGGUUUAUGUAGAUUAACCUUUGGUGAAAUAAUCAACACAUGUGCAUUUUAUAGUGAUAGAAGUUUGAAAAUGAAACUAUCUCUUCAAAGCUGUCUUUUACAAGAUACUCGAAAAGAAUCUGAAUCUUUAAGAAAAAUAAUUCAAUCACCAGCAAGACAAAUAGGAAUGCAAUCUGAAUCUUGUAUAUCCAUUUCAAUGUCUCCUAUUGUUGAUAUUAUGUACACUCGUGCUCCGGCUGGAGAAAAAUGUUUUGAUGCACUCAUUCAGGAAGUCAGAAUAAAUUUGUCUGUACCAUUUGUAAUGCAUCUAACUAGGUAUAUUAUGGAUUGCUUCCCUGGUGAUCAAAUUGAAGAAGGAAUUAUUAAUCAUGGAUAUGAAAAUAACAAUUCUACAAUAAACAAGGAUAUUAUUACUGCAGAAAAAAAGAAAUUAAAACAUGUACAAUAUUUUACAGAAGAACCAGAUGCUUCGGUAUCUGUGAGAAUACAUAAACCAGAAAUUCUAUUUUUUGGAGAUUUUAAAGCAAACAAUGCACAUAUAAUUCUAUUACAAGCAGAAAUAUCAAUCGAAAGUAGCAGACAUAGUUGUUCAACAUCAAUUGUUUAUACAUUUACUGAUGUGCGUGCUAAAUCAAAAAAACAAGGAAAUUAUUCACAUCAUAUUUACUGGUUAUUAUGUCCUUGUGAUAUUGAAAUUUGUAGAAAAGAAGAAGCACCCGAUUUCAAUAUUAAUUAUACCAUUGCAGUAAAUAAAAUUGAUAUUCAUUUAUCUGCAGAAAUCAUACAUACAUUUAUCAAUAUAUUGAAUGAAACUACAAGUUUUAUAGAUAAUAUUAAUAUGAAAUUAGAAGAUAGAUUUGUGAAUCAAGAUUUUAACAUACAUACUAAUUUGUGGACACCAAAAAAAAUUUCAAAUGUACCAUACAAAAAAUUAUAUGAUAAUAAUUCACAUCUAAUAUAUGAAUAUAGAGAUCGAAUAGUAACUUUUAAUUUAAAACCAUUAAUGCUAUAUUUAUUAUUAGAAAUAGAAUAUUCAAUGGGAAGGUUUCCUGUUAUAAAAAUAGAAAGUAUAAUUACAAUUUCUAUUAAUGAUUGGUUUAAUGAUUUUACUCUAGAAUCAAAUGCAAAAAUUUAUGCAUUUUGUUAUAAUAUGGAUUACAAAAAUUGGGAGCCUUUGAUUGAUCUAUGUUCAGAAGAUGAUAUGACUUAUAAAUCAUGGGAAUUAAUGAUAAAAAUGUAUCAUGGUGAAGCAUUUAUGAUAAAUUCAAACUCAACUGAUUUAUAUCAGCAUAUAAAACAAAAUACAUUAAAAAUCAAGAAAAAAAGUUUUAGAAAUAUUGAUCAAGAUAUUACAGAUAUGAUUUUCAUAACUCCAGAUCAUUUAAAUAUAACAAAAACAAGUGAGGCAGAAUUGUAUUCAACAUAUGAAGAUUCUGAUACGGAUGAUGAAGAAAGACAAAAAAAUUUAAUUAGAACUUCCAAUUAUCUAUUCAACAGCAAUAGUAGUGGAGAUGAAGAUAGCGAUAGUAAUAAUUCCAGUACAAAUGAAGAUGAAGGAUUAGAAUUGACACCUGAAUGCAACAUUGAUUCCUUUGGACAACUUGGUCAUGAACCAAUAAAAUCAAAUGACAUGGCAGUAUAUAUUAUCAUAUCUGCAGAAGAUAAAUUUAAUAUAGUAAUUACUCCAAAUUUAAUUACUAUAAUAGAUAUCAUUAUGAAUGCAUUUCAACAAGCUACUAGUGGAAUACCGUUAGUACCUAUUAAUAUGAAGCAAUUAAAUCUUCAAAAUGCUAUUGGUCAUGAAAGUUAUAUAGAAUAUCUCGUCUCAGAAGAAAAUAAUAAAAAUAUUACACGAAUUAUUGCCAGUGAAAAUUAUCAUGAUAUCAGUCCUUCUACAAGUAUUCCUAGUAGUCCUGAAUUAGAGACUCAUUCGGAUCUUGUAAGUCCAAAAUUAGUCGAUAGUGAAAUGGAUUUUAUUGAUCCUGAUAUAAAUUUACAAAAUCAUUCAAUGCCAAUACAAGAUAUAUUUGAAGAAGAUUCUUCGAUCAAUAUAUAUAAAAAAAUUACUGGAGAAGUCUUGCGGAUUAUUUUUAAAGGAUUUGAGGAUGUUUUGGUGUAUUGUCCUAAAAAACAAGGAUGUAAUUUAAUUCCACUCCGACCUAUUAGACAUGAAGUUCGCUAUCAUUUGAUUAUAGAAGCUAAUAUUAACAAUUAUUUAUAUCGCACAAUUACCGUGCGAUCACCGUUAUUGUUUCGAAAUGAAACUUCUUAUGCAUUGGGUCUUUAUUACAAGAAAUCAUUGCUAGAUAAAUUAGGACUCACAUGUAUUGGUAAACCUACAAAUCCUUUUGAUGAUAAUAUCAGGAUGUCAAUUAUCGAACCGGAUUCUACUUAUAGCAUUCCUUUAUAUAUAGCUUAUCAUUUUCCUAUACAUAUAUUGCCUGCUUAUUUAGAAAAAUAUCAGGUGAGUGAAGAGGGAAUUUAUUGGAAAGAACUAAGUGCAACAAACUUAGUUAAAGAUAUUUGUUGUAAAAUGAAGGAAGAUGAAAAUAAUUCUAUAUUUUAUGUCAAAGUAUCCUGCAAUGAAAUUCCAGUAAUCACUAGACCAAGUUGUCAAGUACCAAAUUAUUUAAUAAGCAUUUGUUCUCCUUUUAUUUUCAACAAUCGAUUACCAUUCGUUAUAGAUGUUCAUAUACCUGCUAUUAAUUAUGAAGUUAAAAUUGAACCAGGAGAAAAAAUAAAUAUACAUUCAUUAAAUUGUAAUAUCGAUAUUCAAUUAAUUUUUAAGAUUCAAAAUUAUUUGGCUGUAUAUUGGAUUGGAAUGAUAAAAUUGAAUACGAAUUUGGAAAAAAAAUUUGUUGUAAUGAACACAGAUAGCGAAUUAGAAUCUACAAAACCAUUUUUAUUGUGUGUGGAAUUGUGUAAAAUUACAAGUUGGCAUAUUAUUAUUCAAUCCCAAUAUUGGAUGAUAAAUAAAUCCGGAUUAUCUUUAUUCAUUCAAGAAUGCCAUUCUCAUAUAAUUAAUGAAAUACCGGAAGAAGAAUUAAUGGUAUUUUCUCAAAAGAAUAAUAAAAAAUCUAUGGUUAGAUUGAAAGCUCAUCAAUCUGAAUGGUCUUUGCCUUUUGGAUUAGAAGGAAUUACCUCUAUGUCUUUAAUUGUAUGCAAAGAUAUAGAACGAGGAAGAAAAUAUAAAAUUUUAACAGAAGUUGAAAGUUCUCGUCUAUCUCCUAAUUUCACAAAAAUUAUCACAUUUCUUCCCUAUUUUUAUAUCAAUAACAAAAUGAAAAGAACCUUAAGAUUUAUGGAAGAAAAUGAUCAAGCUGAUUUAUGGAAUGAUCUUCUUCCUGGACAAAAUAUACCAUUCUGGCCAGUUACGGAAUCAAUGAAGAUGAGAAUAAAAUGGAGAAACAGUCAAUUGGUAUCACAACAUUUCAGCAUUACACAUACGGGAAAAACAGUUUUAAGAAUGGAUAAUGGAUCGGCAGUUACCAUAGAAAUCAAAGGUGGGAUUAAUUCUCCAUAUUAUAUUACAUUUCAAAAAUAUGUAGCAGGUGAUAUACCUGUAAGAAUAGAUAAUUUUUGCGACGAUUUGUUUCUAAAAAUUAGUCAAUAUAAUUUGGGUCAAGUGGUUUUAAUAAAUCCAUUUCAAAGUCUACUAUAUACUUGGGACGAUCCCACAAAAACCAGAGAACUUAUUUGGAAUGUGUACAAUAAUAAAAAAAAUGGUUAUAGUGCAAAAUUUGAAAAAGAUGGAUAUGGUCAAGAAAUUGUACCACUUUUAAUUAUUAACAAUUGUAAUGACGGAAUAUCUUCGACUUCUUCAAUUAAAUCUCAAAACAAUAAAUUAGUAUGUUUGGAAACUACAUCUGAAGAUUUUAACAAUGAAAAUAAUAAUUAUAAUGAUGAUUGUGCAAAAUCAUCAAUAUUAAAGUAUGCACAGGCAAACAAAACAGUAGUUUAUUGGGUAAGUUAUAUGGAAGGAAAUCAACGAAUUUUACUAUUCACUCAAGAAGAAACAGUGUUCUUAAAAGCAAAGAGUAUCAUUGAUCCUGAACCUAGUAAAAAAGAAAUAUUUGUUUCUUUUGCUGGUAUUGGAGUCAGUAUUAUAAAAAAAUCUAACGAGAUUUUAAAAGAAUUAAUGUAUGCUAAUAUAACUGAUUCUGCAGCUCAUUGGGAACUUUAUUUCAAUAAAAAAUGGAAAAAUUUAUCAUUAGAAUUGAAUGCUUGGAUAGAAAGCAAAUAUAUAAAUUCUUGUAAAAAAGCAAAGUUAGAAAAUUUUAUUGAUGUUGAUUUGGUAAAAAUGCACAUGACUAAACCAUUCUUUGGAAGAUUAAGAAGGACUUAUUCUCCUGGAAUUUGGUUACAUUGCAGAAAAUCUAUGUCAUUAACAUAUUUACAAGGCUAUAUUCAUAGAAUACAAGUGGAUAAUCAAAUUCGUAAUACUACGAUUCCGGUGAUUUUACAUUCAAAUUUGCAAAAAAAUAUCAUCAAUUAUGCAGGCUAUCAUAGAUUAAAACAUUGUGUAGAAUUUACAUGUUUAAAACAAAAAAAAAUUAAUUAUAACAUCUAUAAGAGUAUUUGUGUUAUAAUUAGAGAAUUUAAUCUGAAUUUACAAGAAGGCUUCCUUCUCUCUUUAAUUGAUUUGAUUCCAAAGAGACCAGAAACUAAAUAUUCAAUUGCUGCAAAAUUAAGAAAAGAUGUUUCCAGCAUCCAUUUUUUGCCUUCUAAUAAAAAUAAUAAUAAUAUAAUUAAAAGAAAGAAUAUAAUAGAACAUAUAUUUAUAUCUCCAAUUUUAAUACGCUUAAUAUUGCUGGCUGAUGCAGAAAAUCCUAAUAUUUAUAACAUUAAUGAUAUAGCAGAUUAUAAGAAUAUUAUUCGAUUUAUUUUCGAAUAUUCUGAGAAGGGAGGAUCUGAGAAACAUGCUGAAUUCAGACUUUCAUGUUAUCAAAGGAAUUUAAUCACAAUUGACACUGAUGAACUUUUAUUAGAUUUAUCGCGAUCUUAUAUUAUUCAAAUUAUGCAACAAUUUCAUGUUUUAAUUCGUUCCACUACUGUCUUGGGGAAUCAAUAUGGUUAUAAUUUCAAAUCGUCAAGAGAUAAUUUUUAUGAAUCUAAUAUGCUGAUUCUAUGCAGAGAAGAAAUAGCAGAAAAAUUAAGUUAUGAAGUUGCAUGUCAAUUGGGCUAUACUACAUUAGAUACCACACAAAUAGUUUUUGAUUUUAACAAUGUAAUUAGGAUAAAGGAACCAUGCAUUCAAAAUAAAGAUAUACCUCCUUUAAAUCCUUCAAUGCAUACUUCAUUUUCUACAGAAAUUGAAUUUGAAAGUUAUAGCUUAGUAACUGCCUUUAUGAACAGUAUUCACCAAGAAGAAUUGAAAUAUUUCUUUAAAACUUUAGCAAAAAAAACAUUGAUAUUUUUUAAUACUGAAAGUUCUUUAAAAACUCAUUCAAAAAUAAUAACAGAUAUUAUAAAAAGGGCACAAGAAAUAGGAUAUAAAUUCAUAUCUCGAAUACGUUUACCACGCUAUAUCAAUCCUUAUAAGGGAGUUGAGAUAUUCUCAAUGCAUAAAGCAAAAGGAAUGCAUCUUCUAAGUAUAAUCAAUAAGAAUCCUGGUAUUGAAACAGAUACAUAUUGGGCACAUACUACUUUAUCAAAUGAUGGAAAAUAUAUAGCUCUGGUUUCAUUACAGCGAUUAUAUUUUAUUGAAAAAGGUUGUACCUGGGGAUCUUUAAAUGUAAAAUGGACUUUGGAGACACAUCAAUUAUUAUCACCUCCAACAAUAGUCAAUAAUAGACUUAUCUUACAUGUAAACAAGAAUGAAGACACUCUGUCACCCAUAGCAGAUUGGUAUUUGGAGAGCGAAGCAAAAGAUAUUCUGGAAUGGUUGUGCCGGAAAAUAAAUAUAGCGAUGAUCUUGAACAUGGAGAACAGUAUAUGUUCAAAACAAGUUGUAUAAUUGGAAUCCAAGCUAUAAAAAGAGAAAGAUAAUUAUAUAUUUAAAAUAAUCAGGCACAAUAAAUUCUCUAACAAACGCAA